UGAAGAAGCCGGAAGGGAGCGGAGGAAUCAAGACGACCAAGUAAGGAACAUGGCGAUUGGAGAUGCUUGGAAACAAAUAUCUUGGUUUUAUUACCAAUAUCUACUUGUCACCGCACUGUACAUGUUGGAGCCUUGGGAGAGAACCGUCUUCAAUUCUCUCUUGAUCUCCGUAGCAGCAAUGGCAGUGUACACAGGCUACGUGUUCAUGCCCCAGCACAUCAUGGCCAUUUUACACUACUUCGAAGUGGUCCAGUGACCGUGUGAGCGUCUGAUACCGUUCGGGAUGCCCAUGGAUUCCCCCUGGUGGUUAGAAAGAGGAGUUCUCUUGCAGGGUUUUUUUUACCCUGUGCCUACAAUCACUGGAGACUUGAACAGUUUGGUGGGCUGAGACAGCGGAGAAGCCUGAAGAGGAAUCAGGAAAGAAAGCAGAUAUAUGGAUCCAUUGUAGUCUUAAUGUCUGUGGCUAUGUAGCCCCAUGUAAGCGUGCAGUCUCAGAAUCUGAGCACAUACUGCCCUGAUGCAUCUUUUUAUAUAAUGCUGACAUUUUUAUAAUGCUUCAAUUUCCUUUGAUGGCAGUGGUUUAUUGACAUAGUCAAUAUUUUGUGAUAAUGUGUAUAUUUCAAUGUAUACAUAUUUGUAAUAUUUUAUAAAGAAUUAUUUUGUCUGGUGAUAAGUUUUGUUUUACCACAAUGUAGCAUUGUAUAGAUAACCUGUGUGACCCAAAACAAAAACAAAAAAAACUAAAGUUUCUCAGGUGGUAACUGUGUGGCACCUCACCCUAUGUGUAUUUAAAUAUUACUUAAAUAAACACUUCCAUCACUUUA